AUCUAUCCUUCGAGAGUAUUCUUCGCGCUGCCUGCGGGCGGACGGCGGUGCUGACCCUAAACCUGCAAGCCCCCUUCCGAUCCAUUUGUUGUUCGCCCCGAAGACAUCCUUCUUCGAUUCGAUAAAUCAAGCAGUUGUUGACAAGAAAUCGUCCCUUCUUUGGGUCGAAUUGGAUUUUCCUUAGCACCGCGAGAGAGAGAGAGAGAGAGAGAGAGGGAAAAGAGGAGGAGAAGGCGAUGGUCUUUGGGCAGGUGGUGAUCGGGUCCCCGGGAUCGGGGAAGACCACCUACUGCAAUGGCAUGUUUCAAUUCCUCAAACUCAUCGGCAGAAAAGUAGCUGUCGUCAAUUUGGAUCCUGCAAACGAUGCGUUGCCAUAUGAAUGUGCCGUGAAUAUUGAGGAUCUCAUAAAACUUAGUGAUGUUAUGGCUGAACAUUCUCUUGGUCCAAAUGGAGGUCUUGUCUACUGCAUGGAUUACUUGGAAAAGAAUAUUGAUUGGCUACAAUCUAAACUGAAACCCUUUCUUGAAGACCACUAUCUUCUAUUUGACUUUCCUGGCCAAGUUGAGCUUUUCUUUCUUCAUUCAAAUGCAAAGAACAUGAUCACCAGACUUGUGAAGAAGUUGGACCUUCGGUUGACUGCAGUUCAUCUAGUUGAUGCUCAUCUAUGCUGUGACCCUGGAAAGUAUGUUAGUGCAUUGCUUCUCUCAUUAACAACAAUGUUACAUCUGGAACUUCCUCACAUAAAUGUGCUGUCAAAGAUUGAUCUCAUUGGGAAAUAUGGCAAACUAGCUUAUAACCUCGAGUUCUACAUGGAUGUUCAGGAUCUAUCUUAUUUACAGCACGAUCUUGAUCAGGAUCCUCGUUCAAUGAAGUACAGGAAACUCACCAAGGGGCUUUGUGAUGUGAUUGAAGAUUUUGGCUUGGUUAACUUCACAACACUAGAUAUUCAGGACAAAGAGAGUGUUGGGAAUCUUGUGAAGCUGAUAGACAAAAGCAAUGGAUACAUAUUUGCUGGUAUACAGGGUAGUGUUGUGGAGUUCAGCAAAAUUGCAGCAGCACCGUUAGACUGGGAUUACUACAGAACAGCAGCCAUCCAGGAGAAAUAUAUGAAGGAUGAUUAGCAAUGCUUAUGGUUACGUAAUCACAAUCAAGAGUGCAGGCCGAUGUGAUGCUUUCAACCCCACCAACCUUGUACUUAUCUGGAGCCUGCUUCAACCGUGUAGAUCUUGGUGAUGAUAAGAUUACGGAUGGUUAUUUCUAAUCUUCAUGUCCAUAGGGCUCAAAAACUUCUGUUCCAAUUGAUGGUUUUGGGAUUUUGUGGCUAAUAGUUUCUGAGAAGCCUUCUUUCAAUCAUAUGCCUGUGCUUGAUACAGAAGUCGAGAGGUUGGUUUCUUCUUCCACUUGCAAAAUUUAGACAUGUUGCUCUUGUCAAUGACGUGAGCUUUAGCAUCAUAGUACUGGUGCCCAUUAAGAAUGCUUAUUUGUUGCAACAUGAUGUAUUGGUCAUUGCGAUACUGAGUGUGAGCUGCAAUGCUACCGUUUUUGUGUGUUGCUCAUCAAAAACUAAAUACUGUUAGGAAUUCA